AUGAGUCGAACACCGAUUUACUUUUUGAGUCAUGGGGGUCCGAAUGUCAUGUACCAGACGGACCACCCGGCGUACAAGAAGCUGGGGCAGAUCGGGAAGGAGAUUACGACUAAGGUGAAGCCAAAGGCUGUGGUGGUUUUCUCGGCGCAUUGGCAGGCGGGCAGGGAUACGAUUCAGGUUAAUACGGCUGAGAUUACGGAUUUGAUUUAUGAUUUCUACGGUUUCCCCAGCCAUUUUUACAAGGAGAAGUAUCCCAAUGUGGGCAGCAGGGAGGUUGCGAAUAAGGUGCUUGAUCUGCUCGGGAAAGCGGGGAUUAAGGCGGAAGGUGUGAAAAGAGGCUUGGAUCACGGCGUGUGGGCGAGUUUUAAGUGUGCGUUCGAGCCUGAGUCGAACCCGUUGAACGUGCCCAUUGUGCAGGUUUCACUGUUCAAGAAUGAAGAUCCUGUCGCGCAUUACCGGCUCGGACAGGCCGUGUCUAGCCUUCGCGAUGAAAAUAUCCUCAUCAUCGUCUCCGGCAUGGCAGUCCACAACCUGCGCGAUCUGUGGUUCUCCAUGAAUGAUUCGCGGCCGUUGCCGUACACCACCAGCUUCGACGAGGCGUUGAAGAAAGCUGCCACGGCUCCCCCGGCGGAGAGAGAACAGGCUCUGACGGAUUUGUUGAAAAGACCCGAUGCUCGGCAGGCACACCCGACUUUUGACCAUCUCCUUCCCAUUCACGUUGGCGCCGGAGCUGCAGGAGAUGAUGUCGGCAAGAGGCUGUGGACGAUGGGUGAGGGCAGUAUGAGCUGGGCGCAGUUUAGAUUCGGUCAGGUAGCCAACAGUAGUAGUUCUCUGUGA